CCAUUACGGAUAAAUUUGAGUUUUUCGAGUAGAAGUAGGCAGUACUUAUGAUAAACAGAAAAACCAUAACAAGCCUCUAAUGGCCGUUCUCUUUCACUUCUACCCAACAAAACCCUAGUUCCGAAGAAUUCCAACAAAUCCUUUUCAUUUCUCACCACUCACUCACCCACAGAACCCAUGGCGACAACUACUACUAUAUCAACUGCGUUUCAGUUCCCUAAAUUACAUGUUUCUCGAAUCAAUUGCUUCAAGAAUGCCGCUUCUCCUUCAAUUCUUCGUACCUCGUCAUCAUUAAGGUUUCCAAAGAUACAACAAGUAAAUCAUAAAGUGGCAUGUCCACUGAUACGGAAACGGAAUGCUGGAGUGGUUUGUGCAGCUGCAUCUGCUGCAGGAAGUUCAGAUAGUGACGCAAAUCCUUAUGAGGUUAUUGGUGUAAGUUCCAUAGAGGGAUUUGAAAUGAUUAAGGCGGCAUAUACAAGAAGGCGAAGGGAGGCUGAGAGAAAUGGUGAUGAAGCCACUGUAGCUCGAUUAGAAAAGGCAUAUGAUAAAGUUAUGAUGGCACAGCUAACAAAUCGGAAAAAGGGCUUGACAGUUGGUUCCUUUAAGGUCUCGAAGGACAUAAAAUAUGCUGAUAGACAACCAAUUGUACCAUGGGGCCCAAGGUUUUCGAAAUCCAGUGUACAGGAUAUGCGAAUAAACCUGGCAAUAUCUGCUGUUUUUACCGCUUGGAUAGUUAUCAAACGGAGUGCUGAAUGGAAGCCUCUGCAGUUUUUAGCUUUUGUAUUUGUAUAUCGAAUAUUUGAGAAGUUGAAAUCUUCAGAACCAUCUGUUUCUCCUACAUUUAAUGAAGAAGGUGAGGAUGAAGGGCGGGGAUUGAGAAUGGGAAAACGAAUUCUUCGUUCCCUUUCAUUAGUUUUUGGUUGUAUUACUGUUACUUCACUGGGAUUCACUGGUAUUUUAAACGUGAUUGAGAUGCUUGGCAGUUUCAUUCCUUCUUUCCUCUAUAAUAACCAGGAACUAUUUAUCACUUCCGCAACUGCUGUUAUGCUCUACAUCUUGGCCUCAUUUUAUAGAUGAUCAGGAAAUUUGUAUUUCAUAAGAAGGGUAGAGUUAAUUUUGCAACAAACUAUUGCGAGGUUAUAGGUCUUUAGCUAUUAUCUUUGGUGUCAAAUUUUGCGAGUGAGGUACAGCUAUUACUUCUUCAAUAAAGAAGCUUCCUAAUUUUUGCUGAAAACCAGUUUUUAGUUUAAA